UCUGUAUUUAGAUUAUAUGACAGAGACUCCUCAGGUUAUAUUAGCAUUGAUGAGUUCCAGUCCAUUUCAUCAAACUUUCCAUUCAUUGAGUCAUUCUCAGUACUAGACAGAGACAAAGAUGGUGUUAUCAGUAGAGAUGAGAUGAUGGAUUAUUUUCUUAGUGCCAAUACUUCACUGAGAGAGAGUUUCAAACACAAUUUUGUAGAGCACACGUUCAUUGGUACACAAUACUGCCAGCACUGCAAAGGAGUGUUAAAAGGUAUAGUCCGUCAAGGUGUUCGUUGUAAGGAUUGUGGUAUCAGUUGUCACAAACACUGUAAAGACUAUGUUGUUGUUGAUUGCAGCAAACACACCGAGAAGAAAAAGCGUGCAAGGCGUUAUACUGCAGUAGCCUCAACCAGUAAUGGUGAGUAUGAUGUGAAUGAUGAACUGUCACUGAAGGAAAGACUGAGGAGAGCUGAAUCAGCAAGAGAUGCACUAUCAGCAGAGAAUUCUGAGCUCCUUGGUAAACUGGCAGAGGCUAAUGCUAAGAUACAGCAAUUGAAUGGAUACAUUGCCACUAUACGUCAGCACACUAUUGGAUUCAUAUUGGAACAAAUGAACACACUACAACCACAAAUGGAUACUCCUGUCUAACCUUCUGACUAUUCACUAUUAAUUGUGUGUGUGUAUUUUUAAAAGUUAUCAUUAAUUUUUGUUGUUGUUUUGAUCAUGAUUAUUACUUUAA